AAGGAGAACCUGGCGACGCCGGUCUCGACUCCAUUCCUGGAGCCGACCCUGGGGAGUGACGGCUCUGCGGUCACUUUCGGGAAAACCCAAGAGGAUCCCAAACCAUUUUGCGUGGGCAGUGCCCCACCGAGUGUGGACGUCACCCCCACCUACACCAAAGACGGAGCUGACGAGGCAGGAUCAACCGAUGGCAAAGUUCUGAACCCGAAGCCAUCUAAGCUGGCAAAGAGAAUCGCAAACUCCGCUGGUUACGUGGGUGACCGGUUCAAGUGUGUCGCUACCGGACUGUACGCAGACUCCAGUCAGCUCGGCCGGGAGCAGCGGGCAUUGCAGCGUGCAGUGAUGCGCUUCUCAGAGUUGGAGAUGAAAGAGCGAGAAGGUGGCCACCCCACGACCAAAGACUCCGAGGUGCGCAAAUUCAGCCCCGCUGACUGGAAAAGGCUGAAAGGAAGUCAGGACAAAAAGCCAAAGUCGGUCGCCCCGGAGGAGGCCAUUGCCGACCAGAACGACAGUGAGAGAUUGUGCGUGCUUGUGGCCUGUGGCCUACAGCCUGCUCCGGACCCCAGAAACCUCACGGGUGAUGGGGAGUGUUAUGAUGGAAGCAAACCUGACCCCUUCAAAGCCCCAGAAGACAGUGAUCUUCCUGAGGACAUGGACACGGAGCCCCCCAGAGAGUCCCCCACCGACCAGGCGGCCCCGGACGCGUCACGCAGCCCCACCCUCCGGCUGAACAGAAAGCGCAAGGUCUCUGGCGAUAGGAACCACACUGAGACCACUGUGCUCCCGGAGGACUCUCUGCUGAAAGCCAAGCGGAGACGGGUCUCCGAAGAUGUGCUGUGCAUGGACGAAGAAAUGGAUUGGCAGCCUUCGCCCCUGCCGCAGAAAUACACCGACAACAGCGAGAAACCAUCCGGGAAGCGACCGUGCAAAACCAAGCAUUUGAUCCCUCAGGAGCCCAGGCGGGGCUUUCCGCUGCCAGGGGACUCCUAGGUGGACAAUGCGGAUGGCAAGGUGACCGUCCGGAGAUUUUGAAAGCGGCCUGAGCCCAGUUCCGACUAUGAUCUUUCGCCAGCCAAGCAGGACCAGAAGCCCUUGGACCAUUUGCAGCAAUUGUUACCAGCUUCCCAGGCCUCGCAGCUGACAUGGUCAAGCUCCCCUCCAGAGACCACCCAGUCCCUCCCGAUGCCACCGGAAGCGCGGAGACUUAUUGUCAAUAAGAACGCGGGCGAGACCCUCCUACAGCAGGCCUCCCGGCUUGGCUACGAGGAAGUGGUCUUGUACUGCCUGGAGAACAAGAUUUGUGAUGUGAACCACCGCGACUACGCGGGUUACUGUGCCCCGCACGAGGCUUGUGCAAGAGGUUGGCUCAACAUCGUACGACACCUCCUUGAAUAUGGCGCCGAUGUCAACUGCAGUGCCCAGGAUGGAAGCGGGCCUCUCCACGAUGCUGUCAAGAAUGAUCAUCUCGAAACUGUCCGCUUGCUCCUCUCCUACGGUGCUGAUCCUACCCUGGCUACGUACUCAGGUAGAACCAUCAAGAAAGUGAACCACAGCGAACUUCUGGAGAAGUUCUUAACAGAACCAGAUGAUGAAAGUGGUUACGAUGUUUUAGCAAAUCCCCCACGACCGGAGGACCAGGAUGACAGCAACGAGGCCUAUGGUGACCUAUUGGAAUCUGAAUUUUCCGAAGACCCCCUUUUGCUGUGUUAUAACGUCCAGGUGUCCGUCGCUCAGGGGCCUCGUAACUGGCUGUUGCUCUCAGACCUGCUCAAGAAACUGCAAAUGUCCUCCUGCAUAUUCCGCUGCAAUUUCCCAAAUGUGGAAAUUGUCACCAUCGCGGAGGCCGAGUUCUGCCGGCAAGUGUCAGCAAGUCUCUUAUUCUCUUGCCCCAAAGACCUGGAGUCCUGUAAUCCAGAAAGUAAGGAGCUCUUAGAUCUGGUGGAGUUCACGAACGAGCUUCAGACUCUGCUGGGCUCAUCCGUGGAGUGGAUCCUCCCCAGAGACCUGGACUCAGACGACGACUGGUGAGCUCGCCGGGGCCCGCCGUGUACAGUGUGUCAUGGUGUUAAUCCUUGUGCAUAUGUGUCCUAAUACGACUAUUUCUGUAAAGAAAAGACACUAUGAGACACGACUCCAGUCGGAAGGACUUCAAAACAUGUUUUUUUCUUUUUAAAAUUUUAAGUCAGUUUUUAUGAAGUUGUUAAUAAAGUUUCUUUACUUUUCAAUGUA